CCGGCAGUCCCUGCAGGGCCCGCGGCUCCGCCCCCGCAGGCCCCGCCCCGCUCCCGUGUGCCGAAUGCUCCAUAUCCGGGUUCCCGCCGCCGCCGCCGUCGCAGCCGCCGCCGCCGCCGAGCUCAUUCAGCUUUGCCGGGAGUGGUGUGGUUCCCGACCAAGAUGGCGGCCGUGGGGCGAGUCGGCUCCUUCGGUUCCUCACCGCCGGGAUUAGCCUCGACUUACGCGGGGGGCCCUUUGGCCAACGACCUCGCCUCGGGCAACGGCGGCGCCGCCGCGGGCGACGACGAGGACGGGCAGAACCUUUGGUCCUGCAUCCUCAGCGAGGUCUCCACCCGCUCGCGCUCCAAGCUCCCCGCGGGGAAGAACGUGCUGCUGCUGGGUGAAGAUGGAGCUGGAAAAACAAGCUUAAUAAGAAAAAUUCAGGGAAUAGAAGAGUACAAGAAAGGAAGAGGGUUGGAAUAUUUGUAUUUAAAUGUUCAUGAUGAAGACAGGGAUGAUCAAACAAGAUGUAAUGUAUGGAUCUUAGAUGGAGACUUGUAUCACAAGGGCCUCCUUAAAUUUUCACUGGAUGCCAUUUCUCUGAAGGACACUCUAGUUAUGCUGGUUGUGGAUAUGUCAAAGCCUUGGACUGCUUUGGAUUCUCUACAGAAAUGGGCAAGUGUUGUUAGAGAACAUAUUGACAAAUUGAAAAUUCCUCCUGAAGAAAUGAAAGAAAUGGAACAAAAGUUGAUUAGAGACUUCCAAGAAUAUGUAGAGCCCGGAGAAGAUUUUCCAGCCUCUCCUCAGAGAAGAAAUACUGGGUCACAGGAAGACAAAGACGACAGUGUGGUUUUACCCCUGGGUGCGGAUACACUUACACAUAACUUGGGCAUCCCAGUACUAGUAGUUUGCACAAAGUGUGAUGCCAUUAGUGUAUUGGAAAAAGAACAUGACUACAGAGAUGAGCAUUUUGAUUUUAUUCAGUCACAUAUCCGGAAGUUUUGUUUACAAUAUGGUGCAGCGCUUAUUUACACUUCAGUAAAAGAAAAUAAAAAUAUAGAUUUAGUAUAUAAAUAUAUUGUUCAGAAACUGUAUGGAUUUCCCUAUAAAAUUCCUGCUGUUGUUGUGGAAAAAGAUGCAGUAUUUAUUCCAGCAGGGUGGGAUAAUGAUAAGAAAAUAGGAAUAUUACAUGAAAAUUUUCAAACAUUAAAAGCAGAAGAUAAUUUUGAAGACAUUAUAACUAAACCACCUGUCCGAAAGUUUGUGCAUGAGAAGGAAAUUGUGGCAGAAGAUGACCAGGUGUUUCUUAUGAAGCUACAGUCCCUUUUAGCAAAGCAACCACCAACUGCAGCUGGAAGGCCUGUGGAUGCCUCACCAAGAGUCCCAGGAGGCUCCCCUCGAACACCAAACCGAUCUGUGUCAUCCAAUGUUGCCAGCGUGUCACCCAUCCCUGCUGGGUCCAAAAAAAUUGAUCCAAACAUGAAAGCUGGAGCUACAAGUGAAGGUGUCCUGGCAAAUUUCUUCAAUAGUUUGCUGAGUAAAAAGACUGGUUCUCCAGGAGGCCCUGGGGUUGGCAGUGGUAGCCCUGGAGGUGGAGCUGGAAGUGGAAGCAGUGGUUUACCACCAUCCGCCAAAAAAUCAGGCCAGAAGCCUGUCCUAUCAGAUGUUCAUGCAGAACUAGACAGAAUUGCACGCAAACCGGUUACAGUUUCUCCUGCAGCACCUACAUCUCCUACGGAAGGAGAAGCUUCUUGAAGAUACCAAAUAAAGCCAUUUAUUCAGUUUUCUGGGAUAAUGUAAACUUGCCUCUGCCUUCUCCUUCAAAAGUGGAAUUAGGGAACUGGAGUGCUUUUUCAGAUGGACUAAAUUUAUUUCUUUUUUCUUUCUUUUUUUUUUUUUUUUUUGUGUGUGUGUGUGUGUGGUUGCCCAUUUUUAUAAAAGGAAGCUAUACAGAAGAAAAAUUAUUCUACACUAUGUAGGAUUGCUGUUUGCAUUGCCACUUUGCAUAAGGAGAUAAUUUUGGAUUUUGAAAAACUCAGAAUUUAUAGAUCUGAAAUACAGCCGUGUGAUCAUACUUUAAAGGCUAUUUAAAACAUAGGAGGGUUUAGGAAAGGGCAGAAAAUAAUAUGCUUUGGGCAUUUGACUGACUUGGAAGUCCAAGCAUACUUUAGUUAAGACUAUUAAAAUCAUUUGAAAAAUUAUGUAUUAGUUUUGCUGGAAAGGAGAAAAUGACCAAUUGUCAAAUUUUCCACACCAGUGUAAACAACCACCACACAUGGGAUAUGCUGAGAAAACUAUCACUAUCAGAUAGCAUUUUAUACACUAGUCAUUGUCUCAACCCAUGAUCCUGUAAGUUGUCAUCAAAAUAUGAUUUUGAAAUAUUGGCCAAGAUUCAUUUCUUUAACUGAGAAGAAAAGAAAGCACACUGCCUAAAUGCAUAAAAGAAAAAUGCAGAGGUUAUUAAAAUGUAAAGAGGUAACAGUCUUUGGAUUUGUCUAUCUAUAUCUGUAUUAAUAUAUAGAUAUAGAUAUAUAUAUGGCUCUGCCUUAAUAUACCCCUUUUUUGUUUGUGACUUUCAACUGUAAUCAGUUAAUAAAAUAUUUAUUCUCUGCAUUCAGGUUCAAAUAACUUGUUGCAUUCUCUUAUACAUAAUUUGUAUUUAUCAGAUAAUGAAUAUGAUUCAUUAGUAUUUUGAGGUGUUUGACGUAAUAGGAUUAUUAAGCAUUCUGAUCUUUGUGAGAGACAAGUGAAUACAUGGUAUUCACUAUCCUGUAAGUUUCCUUAAGUCGGAAGUUUACCGUGAUCAGCACAUCUUCCCCACAAGCAUGUCUUAAACUACAGAAUCUUAUGUCAGCAUUUCUAGUAGAUAAAAAGGUAGCCUUUUAUCAUUAUUGGGCAGAAGCUGUUUUAAAAGCUUGGCAAAUGCACUGACACAUAGGUCCUCUCUUACAGGUGAGAACACCUGUUAGUAGUUAAACCUGAUUUUUCAAUAUUGUUUUUAAAUGCUUGUUUUAGAACCUUCAUAAGAACAGUUUGACUUCUUACUGAAGUUCAGCUAGAGAACACAUGCACAUUUAACUUACAUUACAUUUAACUUAUCAUUACAGAUAAUGGGAAAAAAUGGCCACUGCCCUUUACAUUGGCCUUUGUUAUUAUUUUAUAUAUUCCAAAGAUUUUUUUUUUCAGCAAAAUGUUUGAGGACAAUACCUCUACUAUCUAACGUAAUCCUUUCAUUAAAAUUUUAAAAUCUUUACUUUUGAAUAGCAUUUGGCUCCUAAUAGUUGAAUAUAAAUGCUAAAAAUACAUGAGAGGGUAAUAAUUUGUUUCAGGGUGGGAAAAACUUAGGCUGUUCAUGGGCAUGGAAAAAUUAAUUUGUAAAAACAUUUUGUUUGAGGAAAUAGAUGAAAAAUGCCACUGAUAGAAUCUUUAGUCUGGAAAGGGUUCUGCAGUCAUGGUGGUGUAAAGACCAAUUUUUCUAAAGUAGUACGUGAUGAAGUAAGCAAGACUAAUGAAAGAAAAAUCUCUGUACAUCAUGGUAUACUUUGAUAUGUCUGCUGUGUUUGCAUGUCUAGGUCAACUCGUUCUUUUCUGUAUGACAUUGGAGAUGUACUAGAAAAUCCUUGGAAUUGAGUCAUUAGCUGAAAUAAUUGUAAUCGUUCACUUUAUAGGGUAUUCGGUUUUAAAACCUUGUGAUACCAUGUUUAAAUCUUAAACUGAUUUUUGUCCCUAUUUUUUGCAAGGAAAUUUGUUUUUAAACUAUUUAAAACUUUUUUGUUUUUAGGCACUUGUUAUUGAAGUAUACAAUAGAGAAAAGUAUACAGAUAUCAGGUUAUAUGGAUUGAAAUACAAACUAAUCACCAAGAUCAAGGACAUUACUGGCAUCCAUAUGCUUCCUCUGUGCCCCUUAUCAGCACCUCUACCCACCAAGGGAUCACAGUCCCCACUUCCACAACCAUAGAUAAGUUUUAUUUAUUUUUAAGCUUUAUAUACAUGGGAUCUUAGAGUUUAUAUUCUUUUUUGUGCAAGGCCUCUUUCAGUAUUCUGUGACACAUCAACAAAUGCAUGUAGCAGUAAUUAUCCAUUCUCAUUGCACCAUAAUAUUCCAUCCUGCAAAUACAUUAUAAUUUAGCCAUUAUCCUAUUGAUGGAUGUUUAUUAGUUUCCUCUUGCUGCUGUAACAAAGUUACCACAAUUUAGUGGCUUAAAACAAUACAAAUUUGUUAUCUUACUAUCUGGCGGUCAGAAGUCCAAAAUCAGUCUUACUGGACAGAAAUUAAGGUGUCAGCAGUGCUGAUUUCUUUUGGAGGCUCCAAGGAGCAUAUCUAUUUCCUUCCUUUGCAGCUUCUAGAGGCUGCUUGGAUUCUUUAGGUUCUCAGUCCCUUCUCCAUCUUCAAGGCCAACAGCAUAGCAUCUUCAGCUGGGUGCUUCCAUCUCAUUGUCUCUCACGCUGAACCUGCUGCCUCCCUUGUGUCAGCAUCCAUGUGGUUAAGUUGGGCUCACCUGAGCAAUCCAAUGUAAGCUCCCUCAACACUUCACUCUCCUUACUAACAUGAUUUCUGAAGAGAAAUUGAGUCUAAUUCUAAUCUUAGCUCCUCUAUGGGCAUUUUUCCCCCCUUUGGCUUAUUUCAAGAUUUUGUAUCUUUGAUUUUAAUGCAGUUUGAUAUAUUAUGCCUAGGUGCAGUUUUGGGAUUUAUCCUUCUUAGUGUUCUGUGAACUUUCUGGAUCUGUGGUUUAGUGUCUUGACUAAUUUGGGGAAAUUCUCAGUCAUUAUUGCUUCAAAUAUUUUUGCUGUUCCUUUCUUCUGGUACUUUCAUUAUAUAUAUGUUACAUCUCUAUAGUUUUAGGAUAUUCUGUUCCUUGUCCCCUCCCCCUCUGACCUUUUUUUCUCUGCUUUUUAGUUGGAAAUUUCUAUUUAUAUAUGUUGUCACUCAGAGAUUCUUUCUUCAACCAUGUUCUGUCAACUACCCCAUAAAAAGUAUUCUUCAUUUCUGUUUCUUUUUAUUUUAACUCUAGCAUUUUUUUAUUUCUUAGAAUUUCUCUCUGUUUAUAUUAUCCAUCUGUUCUUGCACAUUGCCUACUUUUUCUGUUAGAGCCCUUAAUAAUCAUAGUUGCUUUAAAUUCAUAGCGGGAUAACUCAUUUUUGCCAUAUCUGAAUUCAAUUCUGAUGUUUGCUCUGUCUCUUCAAAGUACUUUUUGCCUAUUUCUAUGCUUUGUAAUUUUCUGUUGAUAGCUGGACAUGAUGAAAAGAACUCUGGUGAAUAAACUGUUAGUAAUGUGGUGGGAGAGUGUUAGGGGGAGGGGAAGCAUUCUGUAGUUCUGUGAUUAGGUCUCAGUGAGCCUGUGCUCCUGGGCUGUGAACUUCACCGUGCUUCUCAUACUCCCAUCUUCACCCCCAAGCCCCUUUUCCGGUGGGACAGGAUGGCUACAUGCAGAACACCAGGGGAUUUUUCUCUAAUUUUCCCUUUGAGAUCCUGGAGAGUGAAACUCAAAAAAGUGUAGGGAACCCCCUAUGACUGGGGGAUUUCUAACAGACUUACCUACUCAGUCUCCAGCAACUUGUCAGUUACAAUUCAGGCUUUCCUACCCCAGUACUGUCUCCCUCAUAUUUCUGCUUGGGAGUUUCUAGUUAAGCAAGUUGUUAUUCUAUGUCCACUUGCAAAUCUCCCACCUGGGGAUAGGGCUUGGCCCUGGGAUUUCACUUCUCUGGCAAAUCAAAAAAGAGUUGUUGAUUUUUCAGUUCAGCCUUUUGUUAGGAUGGAGAGAUGACUUCCAAACUCCUUGCUUGCUUUCUUGGAAACUGGAAAUCUGAUUCCCCCUCUCAGAAUCCUAAGCAUAUCUGCAAAGUCCCUUUGCCAAAUAAGGUAACAUUCACAGGUUCUAGGGAUUAGGAUAUGGACAGCUUUGUAGGAUCAUCAUUAAACCUAGCAGCUUUCAGCUUUUCAAUUGCUAUUACAAAUUGUGCUGUUACGAGCACUCUCAAAUGUGUGUGGUGGGAAAUAUGUUCUAAUUUCUAUUGAGUAUGUAUAUAGAUAUGGAUUGCUGGGUCCAUGGCUAUGUGUAUAUUCAGCUUUAGUAGAUAAAGCCAAACAGUUUUUCCAAAAUGGUUAUUGCAUAUUGCAACAGUUUGCAAAAUGCCAAAAUACAGGAGUUCCUCUUUCAUGUAACACCUUAUUAAUGUCCAAACAGUUGUUCCCCUUUCUGAGAGAAGAUAUAUCUAAUAAGAGUCUAGUGUCCGGAUUAUAUAAACAAUUCUUACAAUUCAAAACAAGUAACCUAAUGUUAAAAUGGCCAAAGGAUUUGAAUAGACAUUUCUCCAAAAAAGAUAUACAUUCUCAUUAGCAGUUGGGGAAAUGCAAACCAAAACCACUUCACAGCCAAAAUUUAAAAUGAGUAUUGGCAAAGAUGUGGAGAAAUUAGAAUCCCCAUACUUCGCUGGUGGGAAUGUAAAAUGAAAACUAGUAACCACUUUCAGGAACAAUGUGGUGGUUCCUCAUAAGAGUAAACAUGUAGUUACCAUAUGACCCAGCAAUGCCACCUCUAGAUAAAUACCCCACUGAAUGAGAACAUCCGUCCUCACAGAAACUUGUAUACAAAUGGCUGUAGCAGCAUUAUUCAUAAUAGCAAAAAGAUGUAAACCCAAACACCUACCAACAAAUGGAUAAACAAAAUGUGGCAUAUCCUACAAUGGAAUAUGUUAAGUUAUAAAAAGGAAUGAAGUAUUGAUACAUGCUACAACAUGGAUAAACCUUGAAAACAUUGUUAAAUGAAAGAAGCCAGUCACAAAGUCACGCUAUAGGAUUCCAUUUAUACAAAAUGUCCAGAAUGGGCAAAUUCAUUGAGACAGUAGAUUAGUAGUUUGUCUUUAAUUUUAGACAUGCUGGCAGGUAUACAGUAGGAUCACCUAGUGGUUUUAAUUGUAUUUCCUUGAUAACUAACAAAGUGAAGCAUGUUUCAUGUUUAUUGGCCAUACAGAUACUCUCUUUUGUAAAGUACCCAUUUAAGAAUCUUAGAAGUCUUGACCUUUUUAUUUUCUUUUUCUUUUGGGGGGAGAGAGGGUGGGAGGAAGAUAAAGGGGAAACUGACUUUUUCUUAACUGACUUAUUCUUUAUGUAUUCAGGAUGCUAGUCUUUGUCAGAUGUGUAUUGUAAAUAUCUCUCAUUUGGUGGUUUGCCUUUUCACUCUUACUGGGAUCUUUUGAUGAAUAGGAGUUACUGAUUUUAAUGUUCCAUUUGUCAGCUUUUCUUUAUGGUUUUUGCUUUUAUGACCUGUUUUAAAUCUUUUGCUGCCCUCAAGAUGAUGAUAUUCUAUGAUUUUUUUUUUUCUAAAAGAUUUAUUGUUUUACUUUUCUACAUUCCUGGGAUUUAUUUCUAUGCAUGCUGUGAAGUAGGGGGCAAGAUUUUUUUUUUUUUUUUAAUGUAGGUAUUCAGUUAAUUCAGUACCAUUGUUGGGAGAAUCAUCCUUCUUCACUGCGGUGCCCCCUUGGUCAUGUUUUGUCCAUUUGCAUAUACUUAUGUUUCUGGGCUUUCUACUUUCUUCUCUUUGCCGGUUUGCCUAUAUUGUACCAAUACUACAGUCUCAAUUUCUGUCCUUUAGCUGGUAAACAAGUCCUCCAGUAUUGUUUUUCCUUAAGAUUGUUUUGAUUCUUGACUCUACAUUUCCAUAGAAACUUUAGAAUUAACUGUUCCACUCACACACACACACAUAUUACCCUGCAUUUUGAUUGAGAUUGCAUUGAAUUUAUAGAUCAAUUUGGAGUUCGCAGUCAUCUUUAGGACAUCUUCCAAACUAUACACAGGAAUAUUCUUCCACUUACAUAGAUUUUCUUUAGUUUCUCCUAGCAGUAUUUAUAUUUUUCAAUGUAUUAUCUUGCACCUCCUGUUGAUAGAUUCUUAAAUCAGUGAAUUAUUUUACGCUAUCAUAAAUGGCAUCCUUUUAAAAUUUUAUUUGUUGCUGGUGUAAAAAAAUACAGCUUUAUCAUAUUAUCCAGAAACCUUAUUCAAAUCCCUUUAUUAAUGUAAUAGGUCAUGUGUAAUUUAUUACGUUUUUUUACAUGUCGUCUGCAAAUAGUUUUAUUUCCUCCUUUUUAAUGUUAUCUUGCUUUCUGACACUUGUACACAAGUAUAGAAUACUAUAGAACCAAUGAGAGGAAGCAUCUUUAUCUUGUUCCCCAUCUCAGAGUGAAAGCUUUUAAUAUUCCACUAUUCAGUGUAUUUGCUGCAUGCUCUUUGUAGAUACUCUAUCAAAGAAAGAAAGUUCUCUUUCCUAGUUACUUUAUAUCAUGAGUUUUAUCAUGAAUGAGUGUUAAAUUUUAUAAACAUUUUUCUUUAUUGAGAUAAUCAUUUUCUUUUCUUAAUGUUAUCAUUUACAUUACCUUUUAAGAAUACUAAGCCAACUUUGUAUUCCUGAAAUAAAUCUAAUUUGAUGUAUUA